AUUUCUUAUUUAAACGCCAUCUCCUUCCCGCGUCUUUAGUGUAGCCUGUAAAACCAAUAGGAAUAUUGAAAGAGAUGCAGAGAGGUGAAUACAUGUUACAUUUAUUUAUGUAUUUAUUUCUAAUAAAUACUGUACGUGUUUGAAAAGUUGGCAGUACGGCCGAAAAUGCGUAUGAGCCUAGAUGGGGCGCAACCAAUCAAGCCUGCAUUCCUUCCCACUGCCAACACUCGAAACGCUAACAGUAGGAAAAUACGUAUAUAUACAUAUCGAUCUUACAUGUUGUCGGAAUGUAGCAUCACAACCACGGCGUAUUCUCUUCUUUGUUGUUCGUCCUCUUCAUUGUUGUCCAUGUUGUCUCCAGGAAACGGCAUUCGGAAACACUUUGAACAAACAUCGGACUACAGGAGAGAAGUGCAAUUGCCAAGGAUGAAUUCAAAUAUGGAAAUGGAACAUCGUCCGAAGAGGAUGGCCAACAAGCCGGCCCGGUAUCAAACCACGUCCUCCGACGAAGAACCGCGAAAGCGUUUAAAGGUGGCCCCCGGAAGUAUCGUGGAGGACAUAACAGACCUCAGGGCUACCUUGGAGGGCGUGGACGAUGAAGUUCCAUCUAAUAAUUAUAGACAACACGAACACACGAGCACAUACACACCACUAGACACAUAUUCGCCAUACACACCAUCAAACAUAAACAUAUACUCGCCACACAUACCACCAAACACAUACAGGCCACCUCCAACAGUAUAUGCACCACCAACGCAAACUUUUCAUAUUCCAGAUGCAGUGGAGAGCAGGCCUGAACCACGGAUGCAGCAAGGUACGGAACCUACAAAUGUACAAAUAAGGGAUCUAUAUACAAAAAUUGGCAACCUGGAGUCCAUGGUGACGAAAACCCAUUCAUUAUUGGAGAAGGUGGCGAAGCAGCAGCAGCAAUUGCUGCACCAGCGUCAUGGAAUUCCGUCAAAGCCAGCGUUUCUACCAAUUUCAUCGUUGGCUGCAAUGACGGAAUUCCAAAAUACUGAUGAAGACAGCUACAGGGAAGUUGUAAACUAUUUGGAGUACGUGGGCGGCUUCAACCUGAAGGAAGCAGUCACUCUCUCUUUUAAAGAAACAGUGAGUGACUGCUUGCUAACAUCUUAUUCCUGGUUGGGCCGUGAAGAUAACAAUCUCGCACUUUGCGAGACAAGAAUUGUUCGUGCUAUACACGAUGCCGUGCUCCAGAAUAGGCACUUCCCAAGGCCGUCCCGCAAGGAUGUAGCGGAACAUUUAAAAGCGGCGCUUCGCACUGCUAAGAAGAGGCCCCCGAAAUCCUCAGCAUGAAACAGUGGAUAACUUUUGGACUGCUGAGGAACAACCACGUUGAAACAGGAAGAGCGAGCAAUCCAUCUAUGGCCGAUUCAGUGUAUAAUUAGGAACAUACCUCAUGCAAGGCCAAUAGUUGUACGUAUUUAUAUGGGAUGGCAGAGACCGUGUCAACUGUAAACUGCUCGAAACCGUGUUCCAAAUCUUUUUUCUUUCUCUACGGCACACGGCAGCUCUAGCAGUGCCCUCUAGCAAGAAUGCUGGGGUCAAGCCGUGAAGAGGAACUGAAGAAGAACUGAAGAGGAUCUGAAGAAAAACUGAAGAGGACCUGAAGAUAUAAUUAUUUUAUACUAUUUUAUAUUAUUUUAUUUUAUUUUAUAUUAUUUAUAUUAUUUUAUAAUUAUGUUAUUUUUCUGAAUUUAUAUAUUAUUUAUAUCAACAUUUAUAUGUUGAUUUGUUAUGUAUAUUGUUGACAUUGUAAAUGUACAUUUUUUUGUUGUGAAUACUGAUAAGGUUUUGGCAGUUUUCCUUAUCCUAGCAACAAAUGUUGGUAUUCGUGAAAUUAUUCUGCCAAAUAAAAUAUUUUAUUUUUUAUUAUA